UCGACUUGCGCGCAGGUAUAAAAGGACGGACUCGGCCCCAGCAACGCAUUCACUGCCGGAUCCUCUCAAGAGAAGCAUCUAAGAAGAUGGGCGUGUGUGGACGUGUCGCUGCCUUCCUGGCCUUGUUGGUCUUGGUCCACGCGGACUCGGAUGCGGGCUACGCCUUCCCUACUCCUGGCGGCGGCGCGGCCUUCGGAAAUGGGCUGGGCGCUGGAGCAGGAUUCGGAGCUGGAGCUGGAGCUGGAGCUGGAGCAGGAUUCGGAGCUGGAGCUGGAGCAGGAGCAGGAUUCGGAGCUGGAGCUGGAGCAGGAGCAGGAUUCGGAGCUGGAGCUGGAGCAGGAUUCGGAGGUGGUGCUGGAUUCGGACCUUCUGGACCUUCCUGCCCCUACGUGACCUCCUACGUCACGGAACACCGCACCCGAGUGCAGGAGGUCCCCUCUUACGAAACGGUCUACAAGGACGGCUAUGACGUGCAGACCGUGCACGUCCCCGUCGUGAGCACCAUCGUCCAGACGCAGAAGGAGACGAGGUACGUCCCCGAGUACGUCACCACCACCAGCUACGACAACAUCAUCGAGACCGUGCACGACCGCCAGACUGAUUACGUGACCAACUUCGACUCGGUCACCAUCACCAACGCCCAGUACGUGCCCAACACCGUCACCGUGACCUCCAUCUCCACCGUCCUGUCCGUCCAGGUGCAGUACGCCACGGUGGUCGAGACCGAGUACGUGCAGCAGCCCGUCGUGCAGACAUCGACCAACUACAAGGUCGAGUACGAAAACCAGAUCGUCCCUCGCUACGUGACCGACGUGACGACCGUCAAGACCUACACGACAGCCUGCCCCUACGGACUCUAAGGCGGGGUCGAGAACGCGCAGAAAAAAAAAAACAUCUUAAUAUUAUUUUGCUGGUAUUUAAAAUCUAUGGAUGUCAGUAUUUAAUGAUGUGUUGUGAUUGCAAUAAAUAUAUUAGCGACUCA